AUGGCAGCAAUUGCUACUGACCUCCCCCAGCAACGAGCAGCCACUUCUGUGGAACCGUCAAAAAUGAAUGCUGGUGUUAAAGUACUGACUGAAUCUACUGAUCUUAAGUCCAUCCCUUCUGAAUUUUCAUUUGUGAAUGAACCCACAGGCUCAUAUUCUGAUUCGAUCCCAAUCAUCGAUUUCUCCUUACUCACCUCUGGAAAUCCUGAUCAAAGGUCCAAAGUCAUUCAAGAACUUGGCAAAGCUUGUGAAGAAUGGGGCUUUUUUGUGCUGGUAAAUCACGGGAUACAGGAAACCUUGAUGAAGGCAACAAUAGAAGGGGCUUUGGAGUUCUUCGAUUUGCCGGAGGACGAAAAGCGUAAGUAUGAAGCGAAGCAUGUUUCGGAUCCCCAUCAGACCUAUGUCCGUCCUGAAUUUCAUUAUCCUCGUAAACCUCAAAAUCUUAGGGAGAUUAUAUUUGAGUACGCUGAAAGAAGCCGAUUUGUAGCAAGAACAUUACUCCAAGGGAUGUCUGAAAACCUGGGAUUGGAAGAAGGAUAUGUGGAAGAAAUCCUAAAGUUGGACUCAAUGUUCCAACUAUUUGCUGUAAAUUAUUAUCCACCUUGUCCACAGCCAGAUCAAGCAAUUGGGCUCCCACCACAUACAGAUCAUGGUCUUUUGACCUUUUUGAUACACAAUGGAGUGGCUGGACUACAAAUUCAACAUAAUGGGAAGUGGUUUAAUACAAAUUCACCUCAGAAUUCCAUUCUAGUUAACACUGCCGAUCAGCUUGAGAUAUUCAGCAAUGGGAAAUACAAGAGUGUGAAGCAUAGAGCUGUUGUGAAUAACCAAGCAACAAGAAUUUCAGUUGUUAUUGCCAAUGGUCCAGCACCAGAUGCCAUUGUUGGCCCAGCUUCACCAUUAGUACAAAGAGAUGGGCGUCCACUGUAUCGACCAUUCAAAUACAUAGAAUAUGUAGAAACACAGCUCAGUAAUACAGUAGAUGGCAAAGUGAACUUGGAUUAUGCGAAGAUCCAAGACAACUAG